AAAUUUCACACGGCUAAAAAAAAGUUCAGUAUUCGACCUACGCGAAAACGAUUCCAAGGCCCGAACGAACGACUAAAACCCCAGCUACGGGCAUAAGCCGAAACAAAAUCGAACGAGCGGUCAAAUCGCGAAAUCCUCAUCUCUUAGAUUUACAUCAAUUGGCGACAGCGCAAACUCGAUAAUCAUGUCUUUCCGUGGAGGUUCGCGUGGACGCGGCGGUAGUGGAUUUGGAGGCCGUGGCGGUGGUACGUCUUUAUUUCUUCGUUGCGUGGUUGAUUUUGGGGAAACUGGCUGUUUGCGAUGGAAGAGAUGUCGAAAUGGUGCGAAUUGAGGCUGGGAUCUUGGAGUGAUUAGCUCUAAUAGCGGUGUUUGCAUGGAAUCAAGAUCAACUACUAACGAACUGUUUCUAGGCCGUGGUGGCUUCCAGCAGCGAGACAUGGGCCCUCCUGCUCAGAUCCUUGAAAUGGGCAAGUUCAUGCACGCUUGCGAGGGCGAGAUGGUCUGCGAGUCCAUCAACCCCAAGGUCCCUCACUUCAACGCCCAGAUCUUCCUCGAGAACAAGACUGCCGUCGGAAAGGUCGACGAGGUCCUCGGCCCCAUCAACCAGGUCUUCUUCACCAUCAAGCCCACAGAGGGUAUCCAGGCCACCUCUUUCAAGGAGGGCGACAAGUUCUACAUCGGUUCAGAGAAGCUUCUGCCCCUCGACAAGUUCCUCCCCAAGCCUAAGCCCCCGCCUGGAGCUCCCAAGCCCAAGCGUGCCGGUGGCGGUCGCGGUGGUGCCCGCGGUGGACGCGGCGGCUUCGGUGCCCGGGGCGGUGGCCGUGGUGGUUUCGGCGGCGGCCGUGGAGGUCCUCGAGGUGGUGCUCGUGGUGGUUUCGGUGGCCGCGGAGGUGGCCGUGGUGGCAGUGGUGGUUUCUCACGAGGUGGAAGCGGCUUCGGUGGUGGUCGCGGACGUGGUGGCUUCAGCCGCGGUGGCCGAUAAUCUCCCUACCACGAUGACGACUACGGAUCACUUCUGUUACUAGGGAGGACUAAGUCGACGCCUUAAACUGCUGAUGUAGCACUACGCGACCUACGAGAGCUGCUUGAAGGGAGUCGGGGAUCGAAAACCAUGGAAUCUUGGAGGAGGGAAAGAAAGAGGAAAGAAAGAAAGGGAUUGACAUGUAUUUCUCUGGCGUUGGACGGUAUCUGAUUUUCCAAAGUGCUUUGCUUGGUUUGGCUUUCCCCCAUGGCUCUAUAUCCCAAAUCCUGCGAUUGCGAUGCUCGUAUGAUACGGCAUUGGAUUGGAGUUUGUAUGUACAGACACAAGAGGAUUCAACGAAGAAGACAAGAGAGAAAACGAAAAGAACGGGCAACCUUUUAACUUUACUCAU